CUCUCCCCUCCUCUUAGCUGAGGUCUAGUUCGGUUCAUCAAGCACCACAUCCUCAUCAAUCAGUCCAUCUCUCGAUCGAUACAACGUUGUAACAACACAACACAACUCCCAUCAAACUCGAAACCGACAACUUUAAAACAAUCAGCAUGUCUGCGAACGAUUACUACGGAGGUGGCGGCAGUGGCCACGGACACAACCAGGGCUACGGCCAGCAGCAGGGAUACAACCAGGGCGGCGGCUACCCUCAGCAGCCCAGCUAUGCACAGGGCCAGCAGCACGCCCCUCAGUCGCACUCCCCGUACCAACAAGGAGGCGGCUACAACGCCCCUCAGCAGGGAUACGGAGGGCCCCAGCAGCCGACCUACGCCCAGGGCGGCUCGCAACACCAGCAGAGCUACGGCCACGACAACCGAGGCAGCUCGCCCUACCCUCCCCAACAGCAAUACAACCAGCCGGGACAUGCGCCAUCCCAUGGCGGACAGCCCCAAUACGGAGGCCAGCCUCAGUACGGUGCGCCCGGUGGUCCCGGCGGUCCCGGACAGGAUGAGCGUGGACUCGGCGCAACAUUAGUCGGUGGCGGAGCUGCCGGAUGGGCGGCUCACAAGGCCGGCGGCGGUCUCCUCGGCACGCUCGGCGGUGCCAUCGCAGGAGCUGUUGGCGCCAACAUGCUGGAGAACAAGUUUGAGAAGAAGCAUAAGAAGGAUAAGAAGCACAAGAAGGACAAGCAUCGCAAGCGCAGCGGUAGCAGCAGCUCGAGCUCGAGCAGCAACUAAAGAGUUUCUGCACCAGACUCUCGAGACCGCCUCGACCUAAAUGAUUUUCUACCUUCCCCCUUCUGGUGCCCAAUUUGGAUGAUACCCCCACCCACGAUUCAAUCUCUAUCAAGCGCACCGGAAGAAUGACUGGCAACGACU